GAAAAAAUGAAAAGCACGAGUGCGCGAGGAGAAAGAGGGUAAGAGCGCGGCUAUAAAGCGAUCCAGUUUCAUCGAAAUUCUCAGUUUGUCGUAUACGUAUCGCACAGCAAACGAACAUCCCCGACCAGUGUGCGACGAGUUAGUGCGGCGAAAUGAAGGCGUCGAUUUUGCAAUUGGUGUUGCUCGUGAUGCUACUGGCUGGACCUUCGGAGGAAUUUUUUUUGGAAUAUUCAAAGAAGGCUUUGCAAGAAUUCUUCCAAUCUCUGAAGGCAAAAAAGCAGCCGCCCAAGUCGAACAUACAGCAUUAUCAUAUGCAUUAUUACCCGAUACCUUACUCUAUGUUAAUAUUGCCGAAAGUUCCAGUUAAACGAGAUCUCGACAGAUUCUACGACGAUACUCUCACAUCGUUUGCAUGGCCGGAUUACAGCAAGUAUUUACCUUAUCCUUCGACAAUCAUGUCAGAUCUUAAACAACUAUUGGACGCAGAGACUCCAAUAUCGGACGACACGCAAGCUACGAUCGAUCGUAACGGCCAGGGAUUAUUGCUGCAAGUUCCUGUCAACCAACAGUUCAUGAUUCAUUUGCUCAGGAGAUCGCAACAACGACAGCUGGCAAAAGCGAUGAUUUAAAAUAGCCGCGAAGUACAUUCUCGUCGAUUGUGAUUCAUUCAAAUCAGUAAUGAACGUCACGAUGAACUUUCUUUAACUUUAAAUUUAGAUUAGUUAAUUAAAAUUUAGCUUUCAAACGCUUAUCCGAUAUGUAUAAGUAUUUUGAUGACCUAUUAGUCCUAUUAUUUAUUAGAAGCGUAUAGACAUCUCGGUACGUCUGCGUUUUUAUUUUGUAUUUUUACAUAUUUGUACUAGAUUGCAUGCCAGUCGGAAGAGUUAAAAAUAAAUAUAAAUUAUUACAU